AUGGUUAUUGUACCUGAAGAUUUGGAUGUAACACAGAUUGAAGAGACAAUGCAGACAAUCAAGUGUUUGGGCCGCGUACGAGUAAGAGGUAGGAUGUUCAGAGAUAAGCUCAAGUGUUUCCUUGUUCUCUGUGAGAGUAAAGAGAAAAUUGAUCCAAAACUAGUACCCCCUGAAGUCGUGCCGGUUUCUGGAGCAGAACCGUGGAAAAUUGUCACCUCAAGUGGAGCUGAUACUAGUUCUGAGGACUUUGCCAGAAAAGUGCACAUCCUACUUCAGAGUGAAGGGAGAAAAGUUGAGGAUAUUAAGGCCAUGUUUUCAUCCUCUGCGUCCGAAAACUCUUCGCCUGAUGCUAUUAUCCGCGCUGUUGGAGAUCUGUUAGAAAAGACUGGAAAGAGUUCAAGUGAAAUAGGAGGUUAUAGACGGUUGAGGAUGUUCUCUGGAAUAAUACCUACUCCUGCAUGUGAGGAACCAUUUGAACACUGGAUGGAACAAGCAUGUUUGAUGGUGGAAGAAAGUGAGUGUCCCAUUAAAGAAAAGAAAAGGAGGCUCAUUGAGAGUUUAAGAGGCCCAGCAUUAGAAAUCAUCAAAGCUGUGCGUGAUUCUGACACUGAUGUCACUCCAGAAGAGUACUUGGAUGCCCUCGAGCGAGCAUUUGGAUCUGCCGAGUCAGGUGAUGACUUGUAUUUCGCUUUCCGUUUGUUGCAGCAGCAAGAAGGAGAAAAAUUGUCAGAUUUUUUAAGGAGACUGGAACGUGCCCUAACCAAAGUGGUUCAGAGGGGUGGCAUACCAGCUGACAUCCGAGAUCGAGUACGUGUUGAGCAAUUGCUGAGAGGUGCUGUUGGUGCUGACAUGAUGUUGCUUCAUUUGAGACUUCGAGAGAGAAAGACAAAACCGCCUAAUUUUCUUGAGCUGUUAAGCGAAAUCCGGGCUGAAGAAGAAUAUGAAGCUUCUCGGUCUAAAUUGACCACAAGGGUACAAAAAAUCAGUACAAGUGUAGAAACAGAUGGUAAGCAUAAAGAGAUUCAAACUCUGAAAGCUGAGAUUAAAGAAUUAAAGUCCCAGUUUGCCACUAUGGUAACUCAGUCGCAGCCGGUGGUAGACCAUAAAUCCACCUCCAGUCUUAAAACAAAUGCCAGUGACGUUCAACAGGAAGGAGAAAUUGCUUUCCUUAAGAAGCAAGUGAGGAGCCUACAACGGAAAGUCACAGGGAAAAACUGUCACCAAGAUGGGGUUUUAGCUCUCACUCUGAAGGCGAGUACUCCAAAGAAACCACUGGUAAGUCCAGGAAAGCAGUGCAAUGACCCCGAAGAGUAUUUUUGUUACAACUGUGGAGAGGAAGGGCAUAUUGCCCCACGAUGCCAAAAUCCUGAGGAUAAGGAUAAAGUAAUUCAAAAACUGAUUCGGUCAAACAAAAAUGAAAUGGGGACAAAAAGAAAUGCCCUCAGAAAUGGAAAAGAGUAA